AUGGUUGCUUCCAUGAAGUCAGAAUCCAAGAUGGCUGCCCAAGAUAGCUACCUCCAUAAAUUGUCAUGUAAGUCCACCACUAUGAGGAGUGUAUAUAUUGAAAUGGUACAUCGGUACAUCUCUGAUGAAGAUGAAGAUGAGGCAAGCAAAUUACAGCAGCCUUACGACACAAAUAGACUGAGAUGGAUUGAAAUGGUAUUUGAUGACCUCACACUCUGUGUGUGUUUUUGUUGCGGCACGGCGCGGCGCGGCGCGGCGCGGCAGGCGUGCGUCUGUUGCCGAGCAGCGCUGCGGCGGCCGGGCAGCGCAGCCCGAGGCCAGCCGGGGAAACCGGUUGUGGUAGCUGCGGCCAUCUCAGCGUGGCCGUGGCGGCCGCGGCGGGCAGGUGGCAGCUUCCUCUCGCGCGGGGCCCUCCCAGCGCGCCGCACGCAGGCGGACCGCCGCCACUCGCCGCCUGUGCGCGCCACGCUCCACAGCCUUCCGCCGCGCCGACGCGCCACCAGUAUGGGGCUUCGAACGACAAUACCACGAAUAGAAACCAAAAGACAGGAAUCUUGUGUUGAUGAGGACUGGAGAGACAUAUCUUCACAAUUAAAUGUGUAGUGAGGAAUGGUAACUCCACCACCGUUGGCGUGCAACUAUAAACUUUUGCCAACGGUUGCGGAGUUCCUUAACCUCACUACAUUGGAUCAACAUGGCUCAGGCAGUAAGGACAAUAAAGAUCACCAGAGUUCUUAUGGAAAAAUAGAAGCAAAGUUGCUGGAUGGAACUAGUCUAAGUUGGUAGUUGUAUAUGCAUUGAUAGUUUGUAGUACAUAUAUAUUGUGACUGUCUUCAUUGUGAAAUUGUCUGUUGAAAUAAAGAACAAUUUUCUGCUCCUGUCAUGAAUACAUAACCUUAGUCAGAUUUAAGUGUAGCCUAAACGUUUAAGCACAGGAUUUAUUUGCUACAUGUGGAGAGCAGCACAAAUUAUAAGUGAUGAUUGAGUGGGGAGUCUACAUUUCUCCUGAUGCGAUGCACUGAAGACGGGCAUAUGUGAUAUUGUGAAGUCAGUUUGACAGCUGGUUUCGGAAACUUCAAGCUGCUUAACUGCAGUACACAGGCAGUUUUCAUAUUGUGACACAUAUUUAUACAAAAUUUGUGAGAUUUUAAUAUGAAAAAGUAAUCAGAUUAAAACCUUGCCCUCUUAUUACUUGACAGUGAUGCUUCAUGAUGUUGUCCCUGUUGCCCGCAUCUCAUGGUCGUGCGGUAGUGUUCUUGCUUCCCGCGUCCAGGUUCCCGGGUCCAAUUCCCGGCGGGGUCAGGGAUUUUCUGUGCCUCAUGAUGGCUGGGUGUUGUUUGUUCUCCUUAGGUUAGUUAGGUUUAAGUAGUUCUAAGUUCUAGGGGACUGAUGACCAUAGAUGUUAAGUCCCAUAGUGCUCAGAGCCAUUUGAACAAUUUUUUUUGUU